GUUUUGAUUUUGUUUACAGAAAAACACCAUCUUGGCGUUUCAACUAAAAGAAAUAAUUUAAGUCCAGCUAUCUGCUCUAUGCAAACAAGAGCAUCCCAUGGCCAAGAGAGUCGCAGUGAUUGGAGCUGGGGUGAGUGGCCUGUCCUCCAUCAAAUGCUGCUUGGAUGAGGACCUGGAGCCCACCUGCUUUGAGAGAAGUGAUAACUUCGGGGGACUCUGGAAGUUUUCAGAAGAACCCAAAGAUGGGAUGACCAGGGUCUACAAGUCAUUAGUGUCAAAUGUCAGCAAGGAAAUGUCAUGCUAUAGCGACUUUCCCUUCCGAGAAGAUUAUCCCAAUUUCAUGAGCCAUGGGAAAUUUUGGAACUAUCUCCAAGAAUUUGCUGAGCACUUUGGUCUCCUCAAAUACAUUCAGUUCAAGACUACCGUGUGCAGUGUAACAAAGUGUCCAGACUUCUCUGAAACUGGGCAGUGGAAUGUUGUCACAGAGACAGAGGGCAAGCGGGCCAGCGCUGUCUUUGAUGCUGUCAUGAUUUGCACUGGACAUUUCCUGAGUCCCCACUUACCUUUGGAGUCCUUCCCAGGUCCUUCUUAGCACUAGAACUGGCGCCUGGGUUGUCGGGCGCUCUGCAGGGGGAGGCUACCCUUACCUCAUGAUAACCACAAC